GGGGAGAUUUUUUUUUUUCUUUAUAGUAAACUUUGUUUCAUUGCAUCAAAGUAUUUAGUUUCAUAUAAACACGAUACAAAAUAUCACUGCAAAAUGAUUCCAAGUUUUUGGAGAUGGAGUCGCUUCUGUACUCCGGCAGUUUUUUGUUUUUUCAUCAUGUUCAGUGUAAUUUCAAGUGCGAGGGUCUACCGGCAAUUAACAGAUCAAAAGAAAGGAUUUGUAAUGCAAUCCCUACGACUGUCAUCCGGAUAUAAUAUGCCCACUGUGGGGUUAGGAUCAUGGCAGGCGAAACCAGAGGAAAUAGAGGCCUCGGUACUUGCUGCUUUAGGCAAUGGUUACAGACACAUUGACACGGCGUUUAACUACAGAAACGAAGAUGCAAUUGGUCGAAGUUUAAAAAAAUGGCUUAAAGAAGGUGGAAAACGAGAAGAGAUUUUCAUUACUUCUAAGUUGCCAAAUUAUGGAAAUAGACCCUCCGAUGUGGAAAGAUUUGCUAAAAUGUCCUUAGAAAGUCUCGGCCUUGAUUAUCUCGAUAUGUAUUUAAUUCAUAUGCCAUUUUCAUUUGUCCUAAAUGAAACAGAUUUGUCCCCAGCAGUCAAAGAAAAUGGUGAUUUUAUGUUAGAUACAUCUAGUAAUCCAGUAGCAGUGUGGAAGGAAAUGGAAAAAUUGGUUGAAAAAGGACUAACGAAAUCAAUAGGACUAAGUAAUUUUAACGAAAAUCAAAUUAUGGACAUUAUAAACAAUGCGAAAAUUAAACCGAGUAAUUUACAGGUGGAAUUACACGCUUAUCAUCAACAGAGAGCGUUGAGAGAAUUUUGUAAAUUACACAAUAUCACGAUAACAGCUUACAGUCCACUUGGAUCGCCCGGUGCCAAGGAACAUUUUAAAAAUAAAUACAAUUACAAUGCAGACAAAUUCCCCGAUCUUUUGGGACAUCCAGUGGUAAAAACAAUUGCCGAUAAAUAUAAAAAAACAACAGCACAAGUUCUUCUACGACAAAUGAUUCAAGAGGGUCUUAUUGUGAUACCAAAAAGUUCAAAUCCUGAGAGAAUUAAAGCAAAUAUUGAUAUAUUCGAUUUUAAUUUAACCGACGAGGAACUUCAACAACUUGAUAAUCUCGAUCGUGGCGCCAAAGGACGAAUUUUUUCAUUCCUCUUUUUUAAAGGAGUCGAGAAUCAUCCGUACUAUCCAUUCAAGGACGAAUUAGAACAAUGAAAAUAGGACAGGAAUUACAACGAACACAAAAUGUACAAUAAAAGCAUUCCUUACCGGUUUUUUUUUUAAAAGAGCCUGAACAACAUUUUACGUUGCAUACGAUGUUGAAGUUCACCACGACGAAUCAUCGUUUGUAUUACUUUGAUAAUGGCAUUUUCAGGAAAUUUUUGUUUAGUAAAAUCGUUGACAAUA